AUGCAAGCUCUGGGCAGUUUCGCGGCAAAACUAAAGAAACAUGUCGACUCGGCAAUCAUCAACAGAAAUGAGAAACCGAUUCCUCAUCAACUUCGUCCUCAAUCAUCGCGAUCUUUUCAUUCACAAGAUCCAUUCCUUUCAAUGUCACGAAGACAUUCCUAUCAACAACAACCACAAAUCAAUUCAACGUUGAAAAGAAGGAUUGCGAGAAGUCAAUCUGAAAGAAAAAUCAAAAUAAGUGAUGAACCGGACGAGCCAGAGCCUGAUUAUCCGAUGGAAUUGGGUGAUGUGUCUUGGAAUCCAGAUGGACAACCGGAGAAAAGAGCCUAUCGAUCAAGGAGUACCGAUGAGAAUGUCAAACCCUACAGAUCAAGAAAUAAUUCUGAGAAUUUCAGUGCUCCGAAUUUAAAGCCAAAGCCAGAAGAUGCCACUUAUGAAAGAACAAAGAUCUAUAGAUCAAGAAAAGCUUCAGAAGAGGAUAUUUUGAAGAGAUUGGAUCCACAAAAGAUUCGAGCUGUUUUAAAGUUUAUGGAAGUUUACGAGAUUGAUCCAUUUCUACCCGAGAAGCCUCGAAAAUUCGAUUCGAUGAGGAGAUGUCGAUCGAUUGAUCAUUUGGAAUUGUCAAUGAAUCACGGGACUCCGUACGCGAUUUCCGAUCAAACGAUGCCAAGAAAACUGCGGCGAACAAAAACCUAUGAUCGACCGCUUUCACACCGAUCAUCACUUCAGGAUUUGAGAUUUUUUGAUCAGAGACCGGAAGCCUUAAAGACGGCUCGAGUCUCUUCGCAAGUGACAUGCAAGCGAUGUCCUAGCGUUGAUGACAUCCUCUCGGACAAGGAAACUCAUGAGAAUAACCGGGAACGACCUUACGAUACACUUGAUCGGAAUUGGGGUGAAGUAGAAAAACCAACACUGCAAGAACAAGAACCAUAUCGAAUCCCGUUGAUGAAGGGAAAUAGUGUGGAUCCAGCUGGAGAAGCGAGAAAGAGAUAUAUUGUACAUAGACAAGUGUUGAGAAGUGAGGAACAAGAUGAGAAACUCCCGUCGAUCAGCUCGUUGAGGCUGAGAUUCGAGGAGAGUGCUGGGAGGACGAAUUGGGAGAAUAGGAUGAAUUAUCAGACUCCCGCCACUCUGCCUGUGAUUCGAUCCCAAUCCGCCGAGCGUUCCUACUCUCCAUCACUAAUGUCUCCAGUCUCAAUCCCUCAUUCAACACUCACAAGUCCAUGCCCAGAGCCAACAAUUGAUGAGAGAAGACUUCAUCGUAUCACUUCUCCACCGAUGAUCAUCACUAAUUCACCAAAUAUCACCUCAUCUCGAGGAAUUAUCAGUCCAGAGCCUCAGAAAUCUUAUCAACCACGAGAUGCUCACGUAUUGAGAGAGAAACCGAUCACACAACGACCAAGAUCGAUGGAUGUGGCUUCGGAAAAGGCAGUCUUGGGGAAAUCCUUUUAUCCACCGCGUCUUCGCCUCUCCCAGCCACAAAAUGAUCAGCUUUGGGUAUUGGAAGUGUUGAAUCGAGCUCAACCUGGGAGCACGCAAAGAGCAGUGAGUGAAGAUCGGAGUGGAAGGACGAUGGUGAGAAGUGCGACAACGGAGGGGAUACACGAGAGACUGCUUAGCCCAACCUUGAUGCCGUCCACCCGUCGACCAGCUCCUGUGAUUCCGGAAACAACAAUGGGAAUGGAGAAGAAGAGCUCGAGUAGGUCGAGAAAAGAGGAAAAAGAGAAGAGUCGGGAGAUCUUCAUUUCACCACCUGAUCCGGAUUCAGCCAGAGAUGAUAGACCAGCCAUGUUCUCCCCGUCAGCGACAACAAUUGUCCCAGCGGCUGAUGCAAGUCCACCACCUGAAGAGCCUAAACCGCCUGUGUUCACCAACCGCUCUCGCUCACUGCCACCCACCUACAAUGGACCGAAGAUUCUUCCAACCAGCAAUAGCAAUGAUAUCUCUGGAAAAGAGGAAAUGCAACGCUUACUUUCGCGUUUUAAUGCGACAAGAGACAAAAAGUUGUUUGAGGAGCCGAAUCAAGAUCUAUCAACACAUGAGCACACUCACCCCAAUACAAUUGCCGGUGGACCACCGUUUGGACACACAAUUCACACGACAAUCCAAACAUACGAUCAACCAUCACACUCGCAUCAACAAGUCGAUCCAUUGAUGAAAGUGAUCCCUGUGCAGAAAACAACAAUGAUUCCAACGCAACCAGUCAAAACGUCAGCAGUGAAACAGCCGGUUAAAGUCCAUCCAGCUCCUCCAAAACCACGAUCCUCCAAUCCAAGCUCUAAACCGCCUCAACUGUCCCAUCACCACCAACAAUUACCGCUCUCACACUACCAGAUCACUCCCGACAACGUCACGAAAAUCUCGGUUCGCACAGAGAGUCCAUUACCUCGAAGUCAAGAUGGAGCUUCAAAAGCUACAGAGCCAUCACCGACAAGGAGACCCGCUCCACCGCCACCUCCACCACCAAGUCAAUCUGUUCAGGAAAAGAGAAUCGAGCCUUCAAUCACCGAUUCGCAGUCAUCAAUGCAAACUCGAAAAUCGUUGAGCGCCCAGUUUUUAGAACAACAAGCACGACAACAGAUCGAUCUAUUGCCCCCACUUCCACCACCAAUCACAACUCUGCCCCCAGCUCUUCUCUCACCAAAACCCUAUGGAGAUGAUGCCACUGUUAGAACGGAAUCCGAAGAUGAGGGGACUGAAGUAUCAGAGAAUGGAGAUAUUCAAGAAGAGAAUCAAGAAUCAGGAGAAAGGAGGGGAAGAGCUUCAACCUCUGAUUCAGCCGUUUCCGUUAAUUCAUCUCAAUCCGAUUACAGUGUUGAAGAAGAAGAACCAUACGGGAGAAAAACCGGGAAAUACACGUUUUUCAAAGAAGUGAAAGAGGAGAAAGAGGAGAAAAUAGAAGUGAUCACGAGAAAAGUGAUCGAAAGAGAGUUUGAUGUGGAUUCGUUGGAGGAAAAGGAAGAAGAAGUGGAAGAAAUCCCGGAUGAGGAAGCGAUAAAGAAACAUUUGGAGAAAGAGAAAGAGGAGGCGAUUGUCGAGAUGCCGAUCAAACUACAGAUGCCCGAUCUGAGCGAUGAUUCCGAGGAUGAAGAAGUUCCCCCACUCACUCUCCUCCACUCUUUCCCCAAUCAAUCCAUUGCCUUAAUGGCUGGCGAUGGAAAUCCCGUUCGGAAUUCUCUCAUUUCACUCGUCAUGGAAGAGGAUAUUCCACUUCUACUUGAAGCUAUGAGUGAAAAUCCAAAAUUCGAGUUUGUUGAUCUGAUGGAAGCCUCGACCUCGUCAAUCCUCCAUCCACCAGAGAAGAGAAAACAAAGAAGAACGGAGAGACAGGUGAGUCGAAUCUCUUUCGUCACAGGCACUCCCGAUGUGUUCACAUAUUUGGAUGAAAGAUCAGCAGAACGAGAGAAUAACUGGAUUGAUGGGACUCCUGUCUCUUAUGAUGUUUAUCAAUCUAUCUGCAACGAGGAGCAACAAGAGCAAGUGAGACAAUUGGAGGAGUUGGAGAGAUGGAAACAGAAUAUUCAGGAAAGACAAAACCGUGUUGAAAUGGAUCCCGAUGAUAAUGAAAUGGCGAGAGGAGUCACUUCUCAUCUCUCGUAUCAAACAGGGAUUCCAGAAAGUGCAAGAAUUUCGGUU